AUGAACGGGUCCGAGAAGCCAUCCUUGGCCAAUGAAAUUCUGGAGCAGUUGCCUCUGGCAGAAAAGACGGCCGUGUGGGGCACGCUAGGAACGAUUCGACCUCACCUGAGUUUCGAUGCGGGGAGAGACGCCCAGAUCUUCUUCGAGGCCAUCAGUGGCGAAGAUUUUGACUGUUCCUGGAACAAAGCGAACUCGAGGGGCAGAAAGAGAGUUUGCAAACUCCUGGUCUGGAGGCCUCGUCUGAACCUGGGGUUCCUGGGGUUCCCCAACGGUAUCAAAUAUGGAGUCGUCAUUGACCUGCUGACCAACCGAAGCAACGCCCAUCGGCAGCAAAUUGCUGAAGCGUUCCUCAACUUCACCCAACAGGACUUGCUGAAAAUGCUGGGGGCCGUGGUGUCCGGCCAGCUUGAGACCGUUAUCACAGGGCUGCUCCGUCCGGCGACGCAGUACGAUGCCCACGAGAUCAAGGCGGGUCUGCAGGGUCUGGAGACGGAAACCCUGAUUGAGAUUGCCUCCACUCGAACAGCUCAACAGCUCCAGGAAAUCUCGGAUUAUUAUAAGCAGGAUUUCAAAUCAGACUUGGAAAUGGAUAUUGCUUCCGGAACCACGGGCAGCUUUAAAGACCUUCUCGUAGCCUUGAUCAAGGGGAAGCGGGAAUGCUAUUCCGGGGUCAUCGAUUACGUCUUGAUACAGCAAGAUUCAGAGGCCCUGGCCGACGCCGCUGCCGGUGGGGACGCGGGACGGCUGGAGAGCGAGUGGAUCCGGAUCUUGACCCAGCGCAGCCCGGAACAUUUGAAGAGAGUGUUCAGCUGGUACCACAAGAUGACGGGAACCCCGGUUGAGGAAACCAUGGAGAAGCAUUUCCAGGGCCACUUCCGGGAAGCGGGUUUAACGCUGGCUUCUCUCCUGAGAAACGCCCCGCUGUACUUUGCCACAAAGCUCUACCAAGCCAUUAAGGACGCAGGACGCAGCCCCCGGACCGCGGCUCGAAUCAUGAUCUCCCGCAGCGAAACGGACCUUCUCAGCAUCCGCACCGAGUUCAAGAGGCGCUACGGGAUCUCGCUCUACUCCUUCAUUGGGGAGGAAACGAAAGGCGAUUACCAGGCAGCCUUGCUUGGCCUGUGCAAGGCAGAAGAUCUGUAAAGGACGUUCCCUGCCGAGGAUCCUCCCCAUCCAGAGGCAGUCUACCUUCCAGCAAAGUUGGCCUGAUCAAAAGAAGGGCAGAGAUUUGAAAGGAGACCCAGAAAGGCAGCUGCGGAAUUCAGGCUGACCGGUUGGACGAGUUUCCGCCUCUCUCCCAGCCCUGCAUCCUUCUGAAACUUUCCAGUGGCCCUCGGGGUGGGGGGGGUUAGAGAGACCUGCACAUUUUGCCAGCCUACAUUAUUUAAACGAGACUUGCCAUCAAAGUUUAGAAGGGGGGAAUAAUAGUAAACAGCGAAGACAUAUAGAGCUUCCAGCAUCAGGCGCAAUCUACCUCUGAAUAGCAGCUGCCGGGAAACGCUUAUGGGCUUCUCACGGGGGACCCCGUUGGCCGGUUUGGGAAAUAGGAUGCUUAAGCAGAUAUAUAGGGUUUAGGAUAUUUAUAGAAAAAGCCUUAAUUGUACAUCCCACCCCUCCAGCCCCACUUCCUUCCUGGCUGCUCCUCCAGCCCCAUUUCCCCCCUUUCUCCUAUCAUCUCCUUCCGCAAGGGGUCCCAACCAAUCAGGGACCAAAGCAUGCCUAUGGGGGGAUCCCAACCAACCAGGGAUCAAAGCACGCCCAUCUCCUUCCUCAAGGGAUCCCAACGAAUCACGCCCGUGCAACCGUGCCGGUGUGCCAAAAUACUCUUCCUCUUUUUCCCAAACCCUGGUCCUCCACUCCCCUGGAGCUUAACAUUGCCUGUAGAAGAAUGAAUAAAUCAAAAUAAAAUCUCCAUCCAACCCCCGAGCUCGGAGAGCACCAAGGACUCCACGAAUCCAGUCUCUUCCGGAUAAAUCUCUACGCAGGCUAAAGGGGUGGAUUCUCCGGAGGCAAAAAGCUAACGCCCGCCUCUGACCCAGAAGUACUGCUUUAUUCCAAUGUAAACAUAGGCAGGUUUAAUUGAUUAAUCGACUCAAAACGGAUGAUUAAGCGAUUUAGGAUUUAGUUCAGUCGUAGCCCUCAAACCGGGAAAAAAAAAAAGAGAGAACUCGUUCGGACUCCACCCGGAGAUGUUUCUGCAUCGCUCCGACUGCCCUCGAGAAGGCAAAAAAAUAGGGUUUAAACCCCCACGGGCGGCUCGUCCCAGCUUUGGGCAACGGACUCCAUCUUUCCCACGCCGUGAAAGCUGCACCGGUUGGAGCACUCCUGCGGCAGCUUUGGAAACCGUCCCCUCAUCCGUGCGCACGGGCCUUUCGGGGACUCUGCUUCGGCAAUGACCCACAGCCGGAGCCCCACGAGAGGAGCGACCCCUCUCGUCCCAAAGGCUCACUCAGUGUCUCCCACGGAAGGGGCCUUCCCCCUCCACCAUUAAUAGCAUCAAAGAGAUGGGAAACUCCCGCGGGGGGCCUCCGUAAAAUGGCCCAGCCUCCGUGGGGAGACAAGCGCCCAC